AUGUUCGAAGGCAUCAUAGCUCAGGUGCUUAACAAGUUCCUGGGCGAUUAUGUUGCUAAUCUUGAAACUAAACAGCUCUCCAUUGGAAUAUGGAAGGGCGAUGUCGUGCUGCACAAUCUCAGACUGAAGAAGGAAGCACUCGACAAGUUCAAUCUGCCCGUCGAGAUCCAAGAAGGAAACCUCGGUGAACUUAUCUUACAAAUACCUUGGAAUGAUCUCAAAAACACUCCUGUCCGUGUCCUUGUAAACAACCUCUACAUCCUCGCUCGUCCUCGUGGCGAAUCAGAUUAUGAUCCAGAUGAAGAAGAAGAACGAUUGCAAGCUGUCAAAAAGGAAAAGAUUGAAGCUAUCAAUAUCCUCAGUCAGUCAAAGAAUAUCGAGCCAGAGAAUGAAAAGCAACGAGACUCCUUUAUAAACUCACUCGUCACCAAAAUCGUAAAUAAUCUGCAAAUAUCAAUCAAAAACAUUCAUUUUAGAUAUGAAGAUAAGAUUACAAAUCCACAGUACCCAUUUGCAUUGGGCUUGACUAUUGGUGAACUAUCAGCUGUAUCAACUGACGACAAGUUCAAUGAAAACUUCAUCCAAGAAAACACGAGCGACACAGGCUACAAACUAUGUCGUCUCGAAAGUCUAGCUGUAUAUUGGGACACUAGAGCAGAAUUAUUUGGUGAUACCACUAGUGGAUCUACCACCACUACCAAAGACGGUGGCACCACAACACAACCCUUAUCAUACUUCCAAUCUGGAAUCGCAAACAAGGCUAGAAUACCCGAUCAUCAAUAUAUCCUCAAACCUGUCUCUGGAUUGGGUAAAAUUACGCUGAAUAGGAGCUACUCGGCUGAAGUUGCCAAGACUAGUGUCGUGCUUCAGUUUGAUGAGUUUGCUUUUAUGGUUGAUGAUGAACAGUAUAAGGAAAUGUUUUCAUUGUUGGGGUCUUUCUCGUUUAUGUGGAGACGUGAACAGUACCGGAAAUAUCGACCACCACGUACAAUCACACCAUUGCUAGAUCCAAAAGCAUGGUUCAAAUAUGCUGGUACUUGUAUCCUGUCUGAGAUACAUGAAAGGAACAGAAAAUGGUCUUGGGAUUACUUUGCUGAACGUCGUGAUGAUCGAUUGACGUAUAUCAAGUUGCAUAAAGCUCAAACAUUAGGUCUUGCUACCCCAGAGCAAAUAUCGGCUUUGAAUGAACUUGAACGUAAAUUGCCAUUUGAAGACAUUCGAUUUUAUCGAUCUAUUGCAGGGACACAGCUUAGGAAGGAAAAGAUUGCCAAACCUCCUGAACCUGCACAACAAUCGACUGUUGGGUGGAUUGCGUCUUGGUGGUAUACCAAUCCAACUGACACAUCAGCGCCAGCUACGAAAGAUAGUAGUAUCACAGCACCAGACGAACCAGGUUUACCAGGAGCACCAUCAACUGGUCCGCUGUUAGACGAUGCGCAAGUCAAAGAGUUGUUCGAGACCAUUGAGUUCGACCCACAAGCUGCUCUCCUCGCUUCCGAAAUACCACCUGCUACCGUCCUUGUUUCAAUUCAAUGUGAAUUGAAUAUGGGAUCCGUAGCAUUACGAAAAUCACCACACGAAUCUAACGGUGGAGCUGACUUGCUGAGUGUAGCAUUCGAAAAGUGUACAGCAGGUGUGAACCAACGACCUACUUCACUCUCUGCCAAACUCACUGUUGGUGGGAUGAAGGUAUUGGAUGGUGCAACGAGUGGAACUCUGUAUCCAAUAGUAGUACAAGCUAAACCUGCCAAAGAUCAAAAUCAACGUGAGGGAGUCCUGCCGCUGUCAUUAUCAAAAGCACCAUUCUUUGAUAUGGAAUUGGAUCAUAAUCCACUUGAUGGUCAUGCUGAUGAUGCCGUAUCAAUCAAGAUGUUGCCACUGGAAGUAAUUUAUAAUCCGAUAGUGAUUGCAUCUGUGAUUACAUUCAUGACGCCACCUGCAUCCGAGUAUGCAACAGUGUCGACUCUACAAGCUGCUGCUAAAGAGUCUUUCAAAGGCUUUACUGCUCAGACCCGAGCUUCGUUGGAACAUGCUUUGGAACAUCAUAGGACUUUAGAUUUGAAGGUUGAUAUUGAUGCUCCUAUAUUUGUCUUUCCUGAAAGCUGCACUGACCAAGGAACAGUCAUGCUUGUUGAUGCAGGUCAUUUGUUGAUUGAGAGUAAAUUAGUGGAUAAGAAAACCAUGACAGAUUUAGAAUCCAAACCUACUUUAUCAGAGACCGAAUUGUCAACUUUGAAGUCUAUGAUGUAUGACAAGUUUACUUGUAACUUGUCAUCUGUGCAGGCUCUCAUUGGACCAUCACUUGGUGAUUGCUUGGAAGCACUAGCUCGACCAGCAGGAGAUAUGCAUAUAAUCGAACAGGUUAACAUGCAUUUCUCGAUUGAAAUAUCCAUUCUGCCUAAGAUCACCGAAGCAACACGUACUCGCAUCAUGGGUAGAUUAGAACGUCUCCAUCUCAAUCUCUCAGAUCGUAAAUACAAGUCAUUGAUGAAGAUUAUUGAAUUGAUUACUGGUCCAACGUCAAAUCAAUCAUUGCCCAAGCCUCAAACGCACGACGAUGCUACUCCUAGGCAAUCUACUGUGGCCAACAACACCAAUUGGAGGUUCUUGUCGAAUAGUAAUGCCAGUAGACAGGAUUUAGUUGUCGAGUACGAUUCAGAUGAUGAUGCAUUUUAUGAUGCACCUGAAGCUGGACCUAGUGUCAUGGCAACUGGUGGCCGAAAAGGAUCGACUGCAACAUUGGAUGCAGAUCGAGUACUUAUGGAAUUUACAUUUGAUGUUGGUCAAGUAUCUGCUUCACUCAAAAAAGCAGAUCGAAAUAUGAAGAUGAAGGAAGCCGUCCUCGCUCAUCUGAUAAUAUCAGAUUUUGGACUGACGGUUCAACAACGACAAGUGGAUAUGACUGUUGAUGUCCGUAUUCGGGACGUACAAAUAGAAGACCGAAUGCAGGACGCAGGUGCAGAAUUCAAGUAUUUAUUAGCUGCGUCUUCGCAUAGUAAACCCAACAACAGCACCACGAACUUAAGUAGUAGUACUGGUAAUUUAUCUGCAUCAUCGGAUCCAAGGGCAUCACAUUUGAUUGUCAUCAAAUAUGAACGAAUUGAUCCAACCUCACAACAUUAUAAGAGCAUUGAUCAAGCUGUAGAUGUGUACAUAUCAGGAGUUGAUUUGAUUCUGACACGAGCUAGUGUUUUGAAUCUGUAUGAUUUUAUAUUAAUUACUUUUACGGCCUCUGGACAACCACCAGCCAACAACAAGUCCAGGAAUUCUUCUAUGCAAUCUCUUGCUGGAGAAAAGAGUCGAUUGGCCGCUGCUAUGCCAUCUUCCAUGAAGGAUGCUCCUAGUGCCGAGGCUGUUGCAAAACCUGCAGAAGCAUCACCAACAGAUAGUGGGAUUGUUGAAGUGCCUAUACCCCAUCAACCCGCAGAUUCGCCCUCUGUUACGCAGAUCGACGAACAUGAAGGCGAUAGUCAUGAAACAGGUGGCAAUAAUGAAACAGGGGGUAAUGAUGAAGCUGAAGAAGCAAGUGUAACAUCUUCGCCCCCGCCAGUAACAGGAACGAUGCUAGUCCGUGUAGAUAUUGCAUCUGUAGCCGUAGUUAUAAAUCAUGAUGGUGUACGAAUUGCUACUGCCCGACUAGGACAAGAGCAUGUCACUGUGCUUCUCAAACCACAAACGAUGGAAGUAUCAGCAAGAAUUGGAGACUUAUCUAUCGUAGAUGACGUCCCACGAGUAGAAGAAGAUGCAAGAUUAUUCAAACAAUUCCUUUGUAUUGAUGGAGAUCAAGUAGCUGACUUUACCUUCUCGACCUUCAGUCCCUCUGAGCCGAAUUAUCCGGGUCAUGAUUCAGAAAUUAAGCUCAAGGCUAGCAGUAUCAAAAUAACGUAUGUAGAACCACUUAUCGUAUCCCUCAUUACGUACUUUUCGGAAUUCCAACGGAUGCAUAUCUUGCUGGAGUCUGCUCGUCGUGCUGCUUAUGAAUCUGCUCAGCAAAUCCAAGAGUCUGCUGGCCGAUUCCAUUUCGAUAUUGAUGUACAAACUCCAAUAUUAGAGUUUCCUAAAUUGUCACUUAAGUCGCAGGACUUGCUGACGCUAUACUUAGGACGAAUAUCUGCUUCCAACUCGUUUAAGAGUGAUAAUAGCGAUUACGUUAAUCAGGCAGGUGCCGAUAAUGGAGACGUGAUAACCGCUGAAGUGCAAGACUUGCGAGCCACCAGUACCUUCCAUUAUGGACCACGUAAUAUCGAACAUGCCCUACAAUUACUUGAUAACGUAAACGUCAAGAUAUCGGUAGAUCGUAUUGGACCAGCAAGCUCUGAGAACGCUAUAGUGCCAGAGACUGUUAUACGAGCAUUAUUACCUGAAGUAAAGAUCAAAAUGACGGAAAUGCAAUACCAAUUUGUGUUAGAAUUGUUGACUUCUAUUGGACGUUUGACUGCUGGUAAUGGUACCGCUGCCAACUCUGAAACUGGUGAAGCUGUUAGUGACGAUGGAGUCCAUGUACGAGAUCCGACCAUGCCGCCCUCAUAUAAAGAUGCUAUUGAAGGUGCUGAUGGUAAUCGAACAGCCAUGGAUAUAUCCUUAGAGCUACCAUCUCUGGGACUUGAAAUGUAUAGUGGUGAUGGUUAUGGAUGUCGUCUUGAAGAUGUCUCGUUAGCACGAUGUGCUAUAACUUCCACGACAUUUAAGGCUGCAUUCCGUAAAAACAACAGCUCUGACAUGGAAGUUGUUGUACAUUCCAUUAGUAUUCUAGAUACCAGACCACAGGAUAAGAAUUUGUUUAGAGAUGUUAUAUCUUCUGUCAGACAUGAUGGCCAUCAAUUUGCUUUGCACUUGACAAAAUCUGUCAUUGGUGCGAGUAAUAUGAUUGUGACUGUUGAUAGUCCGAAAAUCACGUUGGUUUUGGAUCACCUCUUUGCUAUGCGUGAUUUCUUUACUGCUCCUAUGGGUGUUGUUGCUGGCGCAGCUGCCAAGAGGGAUGACAAGGGUGUAGCAGUGACCACGUCAACAACCAAUAAUCAACAACAACCAUCAUCGUCACCGCAGUCAGCAUAUAGCGCAGAGCCCGAACAACCGGGAUCAUUCUCAUAUCGAGUAGAUCUAGUUGACGUAGAAAUCGUCUUGCUUGAGGAUCCAGCACGAAAAGACACGGAAGCUAUAAUACUCAAAUCUCAACAAUUAGCAGUAGCACACGAUCACAUCACAGAAGCCUCAAUCCAUCACAUGGGAAUGUUUUUCUGUGCCAUGGAUAAACGAGAUGAAACUACACUACGAUUUAUUCAAAACUUUGAUUUCACGUUUGCUGCUGAUAGCCGAGUUACUGGACCUGGUCAUUUCAUGUCAGAUUUGCAAAUCGAUGUUGGGCCGCUCAUGCUGCGUGUCUCGUAUCGAGAUAUACGGCUUAUUCUGGAUAUUGUGAAUCAGGUUUCGGAUUUGAGUCGACGUAGUAGUGAGUCUCGAAGUGCACAUGCUGGUGCUGGUAGUAUACAGCCUGCUCCAUCGUCUUCGUCGACUGGUUUGCCUACGUCGAAUUCUUCUAGUGCCGCUAGCAGUAGUGGUGUUGCAAUACCUUCAUCAUCGACUACUGUAGUAUCACGAGUUGGAAGUAAUACCUCUUUGAGUACUAUGGGAUCUGGAGCACCAGAUUCAAUGUCUGGUAGUGGGAUUAUUAUGUCAAGAGAGAGAGCACGACUUGUAACUGAGGGAGUACGCCUAGUCUUGAUUGAUGAUUUGAAUGAUUUACAUUUACCAAUGGCUGAUUUGGUCUUCAAUAAAAUUGCUGGGCGUGUUGGAGAUUGGUCUUCUGGAAUGACGGUAAACGCUCAAGUCUCUCUUCAUAUGAAUUAUUUCAACUUGCAUAAUUCACACUGGGAGCCUGUUAUUGAGCCUUGGAGCUUUGAUGUGAAUAUCCAAAACCGCCCUGCAGCUGACCAAGGAACUCUUCUUGAUAUAUACGCUCGCAAAAAGCUUGAAAUGAAUGUUACAUUUGUCUUAUUACAGACAAUUGUCAACACUCAGAAUCUAUGGAACAAGCAGACUGCGAGAAAGACUCGACGUGGAACACACACACCAUACGUCUUGCGAAAUCGAACUGGUUAUCGUAUGCACUUAUGGGUUGAUUCAUCUGGUGAUGGUCUUGAUGUUGAGCCUAAGGAACUCAAGAAUAAUGAUGAUAUGCCUUGGAGGUUUGAUGAUUGGCGUGCUAUGCGAGAGAGUACCGCAACAACUCCAAACAAGAUUUCAUUGCAACUUCACGGUCCAGCAUGGGAAUCUCUAAAAGGAAUCUCAGUUGAUCGUGAAGGAAUCACUACACAUCUCCUCCGACCACGAAUCAAUUCAGUCUUGCAUCGAAUGGUGUGUGAAGUGAAAUUGAAGGAUAACAUCAAGAUUGUCACAUUCCGCUCUGCUACUGUUUUGGUUAAUGGAACUGGUGGCACUGUUGAUAUGAUGGUGGUUAAUGGGAAGGGAGAGAUGACGAGUGGUGUCUACCGAAUUGCUCCUGGAGAAGAAUGCCCUAUACCCAUUGAGGCUGCUUAUUAUGACAAGAUUUUGGUUAAGCCUCAUGAUAAACAGGGCUACAAAUGGAGCUCUGAAGUUCUUGAUUGGAAGGAACUUCAACGAACAAGGAUGUACCCACUCGUAUCAUGUCAUCCUAUCGACUCUUCCAAACCUCCAUUCCGCUUCCAAGUCAACUCAACCUAUCCCGACGAGGCUGUCCGUAGUAGUUAUCCGAACUUGACCAUCAAACUUUUACCACCAUUUCAACUUGAGAAUCUGUUGCCACAUGAUAUUCGAUACAUCGUGUUUGACAAGACUGCUAAACUCGAGUAUCGGCAAACUCUCAAGAAAGGAGCUGUUGAUCCUGUGCAUACUUUGGAUCCCACGCAUUUGCUGGCUUUGAAUAUCGAAAUCCCUGGAACUGACUACCUUACUAGUGAAGUAGCAAUAAUCAGCAACACGGAACUCGAUUACCGUGACGAAUCCAUCUCAUUACGAGAUCGAGAAGGUCGACAAUUGCUUUUACGAGUAAAGUAUUCUGACAAUUUGAGAUAUGGUGGUCGGAAAGUCAGCUUGUAUAGUCCAUACUUGUUGGUCAACAAGACAGGCAUGGAUAUGGCUUUCCAAGCGCGCACGUUGCUUGCCGGCACUAGGUUUGCUGCUGGUCAAGGCUCACAAUCCGCCAAGCGACCGAAGACGCAACCUGAAGCUUUCAUGUUCUCGUACUCAAACUUUGAGCCUAUUACUAGUCGGGCUCAAAUCAAGGCUGGUGAUUCUGAGUGGAGCAAGCCGCUGAGUUUUGAAGCAGUUGGAAGCUCGUAUGCAGUCACUAUUGCGUCAGCUACAAACAAGAACUCAGAAACGCAUAUUGGUGUUCAUAUUAAAGAGGGUGAAGGAAAAUACUAUCUCACCAAAGUGGUUACCUUCACACCACGCUUUGUUGUCAAAAAUAACAUGUCAGAUGACGUUCAUUGUCGACAGCAAGGCGUUAAUCAACCCACUAUUGCCGUCAAAUCUGGUGAUGUCGUACCACUUGCCAAUCUUUUGAAAGCUACUACUGAAGGUCAACAGCAAUUAUGUAUUCGAUUGACUGGUUUGACGAAUGAAUGGUCUUCACCAUUCAACAUUGAUCAAAUUGGUCGAGUUUGGGUUAAGCUUGGCCGAAUGGGCUCUUCUGAAGAAGAUCUAGUCAGAGCUGAAAUCAUGUUGGAUGGUCCUACAGUCUUUAUUCAGUUAACUCGUGAAGAAGGGCGAUGGCCGUUUAGGAUUGUUAACGAUUCGGAUGUUGAUGUUGUCAUUGGACAGAAUGCAAGUCUAUUCGGCUAUCAUCUCCAUAAUUCCAAGAAUCGUUACAGAAUACCAAAAGGUCAAUCACGCCCAUACGCUUGGGAUCAACCAGCAGCUUCACACAAGGCUCUUAUCUUGCAUGUCAACGGCCGAGAACGUGGUAUUGAUGUCAUGGAAAUUGGUCAACUUGUGCCAUUCAAAUAUCCAGUUGAUGCGCUUGGACGAACCAAUGCUAUUAUGGCGAUUCAAGUCGUGCUUGAAGGACCAUGUAUCGUCAUAAAUCUCAAGCCGUAUGUUGAAGCUCAGAGUAUCUUCCGUCAACGUGGUAAUACUGGUAAAGAUGCUAGUGGACCAGGAUUUGAAGUGAAGGAUAAGGAUGCCGACAUCCUCUUUACCUUCAUCUUGCGAAUUGAGGGUAUUGGAUUGUCUUUGAUCAACCGAAACAUGAUGGAGAUUUUGUAUGCCACAGCUCGCGGCGUUACUCUUCGGUACACUGAUACUAGUACAAAUCAAGCCAUCAACUUUGACGUUCGAUGGUUGCAGGUCGACAAUCAACUAUAUGGCGGCAUUGAACCUAUCGUGUUAUAUCCAACUAUCAUCAAAAAGGAAGGCGAGACUGGUGUCCACCCUGUCUUCAUGGUUAUCAUCUCAAAGUUAAAGGAUUCCUCAUAUGGUGUAGAAUACUACAAUUUCUUCACUUUACUGCUACAAGAAUUCUCCAUUGAUUUGGACGAAGACUUCUUGUUUGCACUGUUGGACUUUUCCAAGUUUAGUAACGUCGGCAUAGAAGAAAAAGAGACUGAAUUAUACGAUGCAAAUAUGACAACUCCAACUCCUCGAAGCAGUGAUUUCCAAACACCGCUAUACUUUGAAAAGUUCUUGCUGCAGCCUGUCAGGUUCAAUCUAUCGUUUUCUAGAACGGAAAGGAUUAAUCAGGAGGAGUCAAACACACGUUCUUCGACAAACCCAAUUAGUUUCGUGGUUGAUGUGUUUACCAUGACUAUUGGAAACAUUCAUGACGCUCCUAUUGCAUGCAACGCUCUCGAAUUGCAACAUCCCGUCGAAACCAUGCCCAUGUUGAUUGAUCUUGUUAUAAGAUUCUAUUCUCAAGAGAUUCUUGGACAGAUUCAUAAAAUGAUUGGAUCUGCUGACUUCUUGGGAAACCCAGUUGGCCUCUUUGACAAUAUUACAUCUGGAGUCCGUGAUUUCUUUUAUGAGCCAUUUGAAGGAUUUGAGAUUACACGUCCAGAAGCGUUUGGUAUUGGUCUCGUGAAGGGCACGUCAAGCUUCUUGAAAAAAACUGUAUAUGGUGUUUCAGAUACUUUUGCGAGCUUCACUGGUAGCGUUGCUAAAGGGUUGUCUGUCAUAACUUUGGAUAAAGAGUAUCAAGAAAAACGACGUUUCAACAGUGCAAGAAACAAGCCACGACAUGUGGGCAGUGGUGUCAACUAUGGAGCUCAAUCUUUCGCUGAUAGUGUUGCUAGUGGUUUUGCUGGGAUUGUUUCCAAACCAAUGGAAGGAGCUGAAAAGGACGGUGUUGGAGGGUUCUUUAAAGGUCUUGCAAUGGGCGUUGUUGGAGUUGUUACCAAACCUGUGGUUGGAGUCUUUGAUCUUGCCUCCAAUGUUGGAGCUGGUGUUCGUAAUACCACAGUUUGGGAGACUGAUAUAGAUAAGCAGCGACUUCCUCGAUUCAUUGGACGAGAUAAGAUCCUCAAGCCCUACAAUGCUAUGGAAGCUCUUGGACAAAGUUGGCUCAAGCAAGUAGAGAAAGGCCAUUACUUCCACGAAGAUUAUGUUGGACAUCUUGAAUUACGUAUUGAGGAUUUAGUUGCUAUCGUGACAGCCAACAGAAUCCUUAUGAUUCGUGUCAAGCGUCUGAAAGUAGAUUGGGACGUGCCUUUUGAAGAUUUACAGCUCAUUCGAUCCGAAAAUGCUGGAAUAUCACUCGUCAUACACAAACAGCAAGCCAAAGUCCGUAUUAUACCUUGUCCUGAUUUGAACUCUGCACAGUUCCUCUGUAGUAAGAUUGAAGAGGCAUUCUCACAAUAUAUGUCCGAGAGGCGACCUACCGAGUAG